UCAGUGCUCGCCGUCUCUCACAUCUUCCUCACUCCCAGCCUCGACGACCACGACUACAAAAUGCCCAUCAACCAGCCGUCGAAUCAGAUCAAGCUCACGAACGUUUCCAUCGUUCGCCUCAAGAAAGGCGGCAAGCGCUUCGAGAUCGCCUGCUACAAGAACAAAGUCCAGGAAUGGCGCAGCGGUGUAGAGACCGACAUCGACGAUGUCCUCCAGAUCGCCAACGUCUUCAUGAACGUCUCGAAAGGAGAAGUCGCGAAGAGUCAGGAACUGAAGAAGUCCUUCAACACGACUGACGUCAACACCAUCGUGAAGGAGAUUCUUCAGAAGGGAGAGCUGCAAGUCGGGGACAAGGAGCGCGAACACGAUCUCUCAUCCGUCCGACGUGAGAUUGCUACUCUUGUUGCGGAGAAGUGCGUCGAUCCCGCGACGCAGCGGCCUUACCCCGUCGGCGUGAUCGAUAAAGCCAUGACGGAAGCCGGGUUCAGUGUGCGCCCUGGGAAGAAUGCGAAAGCGCAGGUAUCGGAAUGCAUCAAGCUGCUCCAGACCAACUCGAAGCUACCCAUUCAGCGCGCCAGGAUGCGUGUUCGUGUCUCCCUCCCUGUCGCCGAUGUAGAGAAGGUGAAACCGAAAGUUUUGGAGGGCGCUGACUCGGUGGAGAAAGAUGAGCAGGGCGCAGACGAAUGGGAGGCGAUCCUCCUCAUUGAUCCCAGUCAAUUCCGCAUCCUCAACGAUCUGCUGCAAAAGGAAUGCAAGGGACGCGGACGCCUCGAAACCUUGACGUUUGCCGCGACUGCUGGAAGUUAGAUGUAUUGUCAACAAGGUGUGAUCGAACUCCUGUCCCGCUCCCUAUGUAUCACCACGUCUGUAUAGGUAGACCCCAUGUAGCGAUGCGUACAUUCUCCGGAUAUUCCUAUCAUCUUUACUC